UCAAACCAAAAUGGCGAAAAGUUUGAGAUCGAAAAGAAAACGAAUGUUACGCCGACAGAGAAGAGARAAGUACAAAGUAAAAGAAAAGGAGAGGCUUCUUCAGACAUUAGGCAUAAGUGGAUCCGAUAAAGACACAGAGAUGGCUGGUAACAGCGGAGUGAAAGACCAGUACAUAGACAACAACACAGAUAAAGAAGAACAAAAGCACGUGCAGCAAAACUCAAAUGAAGACAUUGAAAUGGACCAAGAUGAUGCAAAACAAAAGAAAAGUGGCAAGAUUAGAGUUGAUAGAAAACAACUCUUGAAAAGACUAGGGAAAAAGAAACACAUCAAAAAGAAAAACAAGAUAUGUAAAUGGUGACAGGAAAUUCACAAA